AUGGACGCGCUGCUUUGCGCGGGGCCGGCGGCUGCGGGGCUGCACCGCCCGCUCACCCCCCGAGGGCAGUGCCCCCGGGGUGGCCCCCGCCCCGCUCAUUUACGCCUCUGUGGCUUCCCCAGAAAAAAAAGAAACCCUCUUCCUGCGCCUCCAGCCGCCCCCCGCUCGCCUCGGGGCGCCGCGGAGGCCGUGCGGACGCUGCGCGGAGGCAGAGCAGCAGCCGCCCCUCCCCGGCCCCGCCGCGGCUGCGGGGGGGGAGCUCCGGGCGGGCGGCGCGGCCCCCUCCCGGCCCCGGCCAGCCGGCGGCGCGCCACGUCCCGCCGCUCCGGCGUGGCUCCGGCUCCGCGUUUUGCGAGCGGCCGCGGUGUCAGCCGGGGAGCGCCGAAUAACAAAGGCAAGUUUGAGAGCAGCCGCCGCCGCACAGGCUGCGGUGACGUCAGGGAACAAUGCCGCUGCCAACCCGCCCGCCCGCCUCCCCUUAAAGGCGCACCGGGCGCUGCCGGGGGCCCCGCCGCCGGACUAGGGGAUAGAGACAGGGGAGGGGGCGGCUGUGCUGGGCCCGCCCCCGCCCCCGGGUCCCUCUGGCACUGCCCGCCUGCACGGGGAGCGGAGCCGAUGCUCCGCGUCACGGCUCCUUCCCUCCCGCGGCCUCCGCCGCCCCGAUCGCUGCCCUCAGCUGCCCGGAAGACGCGGCGGCCGCUCGGGGGGGAGCGCUCGGGCCGGGCCCCCCGUCCCCGCGGCUGUGCGGGGCAGGGCGGGCCGGCGGCGCGGCCUAAGGGCCCGCUCCCCUGUCCGCACGGCGAGCCCUGUUAUCCGUCAAAGGAGUGUUUUGCCAAAGGUUCGGGCCCUAAGAGGCCCAGGGGGCCAGGACCUGAGCGCUUCCAACGCGUUCGGCCCCUGCUCCAGCGGUGA